UGGGGCGACAGGAAGAGCCAACCUAAGCGAUAUUACCGUUAGCAGCGACCACGGCGACUAACGUGGACAACGGAGUGUACGCCGCGCUUCGCUUCCGCCCCUUCGCCCCGGAAACCGGAAGUCCAGCUGCCCCAGGAGAGGCAAAGUGUAGAGUUUCAAGGAGGACGUAAUCUACUAGAGCAUGCGCAGCUGUUUGAGUGAGACGAAUUUGGCAUCUUCAGUGGUGAUCUUGACAAGUGUCAGUGGAGAGAUCCAGUGUAAAGCUUGAUUGGAGUGGAUUCAAGAGAGAAUGGAGUUGCGUAUUUGUGUGAGGCCAGAGUUUCUUCAUAUACUUCAACAACAACUGAUUGAAUGCAGAACAGAUAUGAGAAUCUAGCUAUUUGAGGGGAAUAUACAGCUAUUUUUCAUUAAAAUACUUACAUUACAGGCACCUUGUUGUGACAAGCUUUACACUUGCCGGCUGUGUCAUGAUAGCAAUGAAGAUCAUCAACUAGAUCGUUUCAAAGUAAAGGAAGUACAGUGUAUUAACUGUGAAAAAAUCCAACAUUCCCAACAGACUUGUGAAGAUUGUAGCACGUUGUUUGGAGAAUAUUAUUGCAAUAUAUGCCAUCUGUUUGAUAAAGAUAAGAAGCAGUAUCAUUGUGAAAGCUGUGGAAUUUGUAGGAUUGGUCCAAAGGAAGAUUUUUUCCAUUGCUUGAAAUGUAACUUAUGCCUAGCUAUGAAUCUUCAAGGAAAACAUAAGUGUAUUGAAAAUGUUUCCCGGCAGAAUUGUCCAAUAUGCUUGGAGGACAUUCACACAUCCCGUGUUGUUGCUCAUGUCUUGCCAUGUGGGCAUCUUUUACAUAGGACGUGUUAUGAAGAAAUGUUGAAAGAAGGCUAUAGGUGUCCAUUGUGUAUGCACUCUGCUUUGGAUAUGACUCGGUAUUGGAGACAGCUGGAUAACGAGGUAGCACAGACUCCUAUGCCCUCAGAAUACCAGAAUGUGACUGUUGACAUUCUCUGCAAUGACUGUAAUGGAAGAUCCACAGUCCAAUUCCAUAUUUUGGGCAUGAAAUGUAAGAUCUGUGAAUCCUACAAUACUGCUCAAGCUGGAGGUCGUAGAGUUUCACUGGAUCAGCAAUGACCAGCCUGUGCUUCUCUGGAAAACUCAGUGUUUUGUGAUAUAGAUAAAGCUCUGUGUGAAAGUAUCCUGUUGUCAUAAUGUGUCAUAAAUCUAUGCAUUAGUUGUGUUUUAUACUAGUGUCACAGCAUAAAUUCCUAAGUACCUAAGGAUUCAGGGUCUCCUGAUGGAUUAUAGUUCUAUACUGGAUGAAAGCCUCUGCACUUGUGUUGAUCAGAAAUUCCUUUACUGUCAAGUUUUGAAGCCAAUGAUAUUGGCCCCUGAUAAUAGUCACAUUCCUAGAAAAUUUUAUAUGUCCAUGGAACUUUAAAGGACACUAUGCAUGCAGAGUGCAUUUCUAGUUCUUGAUAGAACUGCAUUUAACUUUAAAUAGUUUUUGAUUUUAAGGACUGCACUAUGAUUUUUAAGUUCAACCUUAUUAUAAUCUAAUUACAUAUGCUUUUGAAUUUUCUAAGACAGUCCUUUGGAUCCUAUAUAUGAAUUUUGAUGUAAUGAACUGCUAAUAAAGUUAUAUUGAAACAUUGUUUUACAGAUAAUUUUUCCAAGGUUGUGUAUUUUGGGCUUUAUUAGGGCAAUAUGGGCUAUUUUAUAAUAUAAAAGUAGUUGUUUUUAUUUUUUUUUCCUUUGCAGUGCUUUAACUUUUUUUUUCAUGCAAAUGGGUAAAACUGUACUAUCGACAGAAACUUGUGCAAAGGCAAUCUCCAAUUAGAAGCUGACAGCACAUGACCUAUCUGACACAAGGAAAUAAGGUUCACAGGAGAUCAGAAAAGGCAUGUCAGAAAAAUGCAAGGAAAAGAAAUACAGUGGGAAUCACAGUAUUAAUCUCAUGGAAAAUGGCAGACAUCAAGGCAUAAGGCAAAAUUCAUCAUGAUGGUCAUGGUAAUUAGAGAGUUCCCCCACAAGAACACACAAUUCCUCAACUGUAGCUCUUCAAGUUUUCUCCUGGUUUCAUCUUUACCAUGAACAUUUUCACAUCGUCUCCAUUUCCAAUCAUCCCAUUAUUGGUCUGCCUAUUAGGUAUGGCCCAUUGAAAAUUAGGGGCAACAUGGUGAACCUGGCCUGGUCUGUUAACUUCCUGCAGGCUGGUGGCCAUCACGUCCCAAAGGGCCAUUUUCCUUUCCAUUCUGCAGGGGCUGCCCAUUUCAUUUUCCUUGUGGAUAUUUGCAAUGCUGUGAUUUUUUUCCCUGGUGGUUAUUCUGGGCCUAUCCUUGUAUUAUCUCAGUUCUUGCUACAACAUGCAUCACCUUGACCUGACUCCAAAGACCUGCUCCACUCGGCCUGGGCCUCUCAAGUCAGCCCACUGUGCUCAGGACAGCAGGAGAGCUGAUGGCCAGAUCAGUCUUUUUUUUUUUUUUUUUUUUGGUUUUAGAGACUGGGGGUCUCCUUGUAGCCCAAGCUGGCCUAGAAUUCACUGUGUAGACCAGGCUGGCUUCAAUCUCACAGAUCUACGUGCCUCUGCCUCCUAAGUGUUGGGAUUAAAGGUGUGCACCACCAUACCCGGCUUUUGAGUUGUUUUUAUGAGAGUGGUUGGGAAAAAGUUACGUAAAAGAAUAGGACUCUUCCAGGCAUUAAGGCAGCCAUCAGCAGUACAAGUAAUGUCUUUACGUACCCCCAAAUCAAUUCUUCACAGUUAAACUCAGCAGAUAUUAAUUGUGCAAAGAAGAACUAGGUGUGGUUCUAGAUACUUGUAGAGAUGACAGUGAAAGAUAAAUACUGAAGUCCUUACCCUUGUACAUUCCAGUGUUCCUCAUACUUGGUUAGCAUAUUCUGUUUUAUUAAUUUAAGAAGUGAAUGUCUUUGUUGUAAACAAAUGGCUGUUCCCUGAAUUUUCAGAAGUAGGAGAUGAAUGAAUGGAAAGAACUUGGGAUGUUCCUGCAAGUUCUUUUAUGUUACCUUUUUGCUUGUUUGUAAUAGAAUUAAAUGUA